AUGCCAGGUGUUGCUACAGAGCUUGUUACAGCCGGGUUUCCCGCUGAGCACGAGGCAAAUGUGCUGUUGAACUCGCCGUCGAGAUGUUUCAGGAAGGAUUCGGCCUCCUCCUAA